UAAAAUUAAUUACUUAUAUUUACGAUUACAUAGCGAAUUUAGUAGCAAAGUUAGCAAAGUUAGCAAAUUUAGUAGCAAAGUCUUGUAUCUGGUUGGAUUUUCUGCUUACUGACGCUAGUCUCCAGUACAAGUAAGUACACACGUUUACGGUCACCAUAUCUAGCGGAACGGAGCGUAACAGAUUGGAGAUAAGCAUUUCGCAACAGAAACACCCAUUAAACAUUUUGGCCUCAUGGGGCACGACGACGAUGCUCAGACAGCAGGCGGGGAAAAUCAAGCUGACAGCGGUCAGCCACCAAGCGAGGCGCCAACGGAAGGUGCGCCUGAGCGCAAAAAAUCAGUGGAAAAAGUCCCCACCGAAGAUCCUAAUGCCACCACGAUAACCGAUGGAAAUACACCAUUCCAAACCGCGCUCGCUUCGAAAUUCGACCGCAUUCCGCUAGUAUGGGGAAGAGAUGGUUUGCCAUUGACCAUGGAGAACAUUAAAAUGAGGCUUCGGGAACGGGCAGAGCUAGCGGAACUACAAAAAUCGGCAGGCGAGCACAGUAAAGAACCUUCAGUUUCCGCUGACGAUAAGAAAAAUAAGCCCGAACGAGAAGGAAAGUAUAAGCCACUCAUUCAGCCGCAUGCGUGGCAGCCGGCGGUUUCUGAUGAAAAGUUGAAUGAAAUGAUUUGGGGUCCAUAUGAACAACGCACCAUUGGCUUAUUUUACGCUUGGGAGCAAGCUCGACAGUCUUCGGAACUAUCUCAUAUCAUUGACCGAAUAUCACACACAGAAGGUGUAACGGCAUUCAUAAUUUUCGAUGCAUUUGAGAGAGAAAAGUAUCCAAAUCUUCUGCAAGAUGACGACAAUGAAGAGGAAUACGAGGAAGACGAAAACGGGUUUCCAGUACGACGCGAAUCGAAACUACAAGUUGUAGAUAAAGAGUGGGAGAUUCCCCUGCAUAUCAUCUACUCGAGUACUGACCUGAUUACAGCAAAACGCAUCAUUCCCUUUGUAAAACAGCUCAUCUGGCGAGUGGUAGAGACCACCAGAGAUCUAGACCCGAAAAACGAUGUCCGCUAUUUGCGACUGGUCAGCGAUGUCAACGAAGUUGUCGUAAUGCCAAUGUUCCCGCGCCAUUUUUUGGUGGUGGUACAGGAGCCGCGAUCGGAGCCUAAUGUCUUAUUUGAAAAUAUGGGCAUUGUUACAACGCACCCCAGGUGA